GCCUCCACGCCCAUUCUGUCAUAGUGAGCAGAGCUGAGGUAGAGGAGAAGAGACGGCUAGAAGAGUUUAGUGCUUUGAGCCUGAGGUGAAGAAACUGAAGAUAUUCUUAAAAUGGCUGGUAGUUCGCCAACUAGUAGUCCUCGUAAUUCAUUCGUAUCUGAGUUUGGCAGCUUUGAUAUAGGAGAUACAAAAGUACAAAUGUCAGGAAUUUUAGUUAAGAAACCAUUUGGUGGCAAGAAAGGCAAAAAAGGCAGCUGGCAGAAAAGGUUCUUCAUUGCAAAAGACUGUUUUCUUCUUUAUUAUGCCGAGUCAGAGUGUCGAGCCUUCCAGAAAGACCACCAUUUCAACAUUCAUCCUAAGGGUGUUAUUCCACUUGGUAGCUGCAAGAUUGAAGAAUGUGUUGAUGGAUCUCAGAAGUUUGCAAUUAGAAUAUCACAUAGUCAUUUCAAAGGAGAAAUAGUAGUAGGGGCAGAAAGUCCAGAGGAAUGUUCUUCAUGGGUCAAAGUUCUCAAGGAUUGUGCUAAAGUGACAUGGAGGAAUGCUCAGAUAGGAGAAAGUGUAAUUGAAAAAUUAGAGGAAAAGGGCAAGGAAAUGGCACAGGAGAGGCAAGAAAUGAUUGAUAAGCUCAAAGAUGAGUCAUCAAAACUAGAGGAGCAGCAAGAGAAGCAAAGUGAGUUAGAAAAAUUAGCUGUGGAAUUGGAAGGAGAGAAAAAAGCAAUUGAAAUGGCAGCCAAGAAUUUGAGAGAUGAUAAAGACACAACUGAGCUGGAGUUGAAGUCAACGCUAACUGCAAUGAAAGAGAUUGAAGCGGAAAAAAGUGUGCUGUAUAAGCAAACCAAGACACUGCAGUCAAAUUUGCAGUCAGUAUCACAAGAACAAGAAAAAACUGCUGCUCAAUUAGCUGAACAAAUGGAAGAAUCAAAGAGGCUUGAUGCUGAAAAAAAGCGUUUAGAAGAAGAAACGAAUAUGCUUCAAGCUGAUCUUGAAUCUGUAUCACAAGAGAAAGAAAGAACUGAGGCUCAAUUAGCUAAGCAAGUGGAAGAAACAAAAAUACUUGAUACUGAAAAAAAGCGUUUAGAAGAGGAAACAAAGUUGCUUCAAUCUGAUCUUGAAUCUCUUGCAAAACUAAAGGAAAUGGCUGCAAUGCAAUUAGCUGAGCAAGAAAAACUAUCAAAGCAGUUUCAGGAAGAGAAGAAACUUUUGGAAGAUGCUACUAACAACCUAAAAACUGAGUUACAGGUACUUGAAAAUCACAAGAAAAUUUUGGAAAAUGAAAAACUGACUACAGAAGAGAGGUACAGUUGUACAUAUGGGAGCUACUGUAUUGUUAUAUACCAUGAUUAAUGGUUAAAUUUAA